GCGGGAAGGCGUGCAGCUCCUGCGCUGCCUCCGACGAAAAGGGUAUUGCUUUCCACCCCACUACGCAGGAGCAGCGUGCGGAUCCACGCCACACCAACCCAACUCAGCCCAACCACUCCGCGCCGCGGCUCGCACUCCCGCACGCACUCCUCGAUGGCCUCGCCGGCGACGAUCCCGCGGCGCCAGCUCUUCGUCGACGGCGAGUGGCGCGCGCCCGCGCUGGGCCGUCGCAUCCCCGUCGUCAACCCCGCCACCGAGGCCCACAUCGGCGAGAUCCCAGCGGGCACGGCGGAGGACGUGGAGGCCGCGGUGGCGGCGGCGCGCGCGGCGUUGAGGAGGAACCGCGGCCGCGACUGGGCCCGCGCGCCGGGCGCCGUCCGGGCCAAGUACCUCCGCGCCAUCGCCGCCAAGAUAACUGAGAGGAAAUCUGAGCUGGCUAACCUAGAGUCACUUGAUUGUGGCAAGCCUCUUGACGAAGCAGCAUGGGACAUGGAUGAUGUUGCUGGGUGUUUUGAGUACUUCGCAGAUCAGGCAGAUGCCUUGGACAAAAAGCAAAAUGCCCCAGUUUCUCUUCCAAUGGAAAAUUUUAAAUGCUAUCUUCGGAAAGAGCCUAUUGGUGUAGUUGGGCUAAUCACACCUUGGAACUAUCCUCUCCUGAUGGCUACAUGGAAGGUAGCUCCUGCUCUGGCUGCUGGUUGUACAGCUGUGUUAAAGCCAUCUGAAUUGGCUUCUGUGACAUGCUUAGAGCUAGCUGAUAUCUGUAAAGAAGUUGGUCUUCCUUCUGGCGUCUUAAACAUUGUGACUGGAUUUGGUCCUGAUGCUGGUGCUCCUUUGGCAGCACACCCAGAUGUCGAUAAGGUUGCUUUUACUGGGAGUUCAGAAACUGGUAAAAGGAUCAUGGCUGCUGCAGCUCCUAUGGUCAAGCCUGUUUCACUGGAACUUGGAGGAAAAGGUCCUAUAGUGGUAUUUGAUGAUGUCGACAUUGACAAAGCUGUUGAGUGGACUCUGUUUGGAUGCUUUUGGACCAAUGGUCAGAUAUGCAGCGCAACAUCUCGUCUUCUUAUCCAUACAAAAAUUGCUAAAAAGUUUUGUGAGAGGAUGGUUGCAUGGGCCAAAAAUAUCAAGGUGUCAAAUCCACUUGAAGAGGGUUGCAGGCUUGGGCCAGUUGUUAGCGAAGGACAGUAUGAGAAGAUUAAGAAGUUCAUAUCAACUGCUAAAAUCCAAGGUGCUACUAUUCUGACUGGGGGUGUUAGACCAAAGCAUCUUGAGAAAGGGUUCUAUAUUGAACCCACAAUCAUUACUGAUGUCAGCACAUCAAUGCAAAUUUGGAGGGAGGAAGUCUUUGGUCCAGUCCUGUGUGUUAAAGAAUUUAGCACAGAAGAUGAAGCCAUUGAACUGGCGAAUGAUACUCAUUAUGGUUUGGCCGGUGCUGUGCUUUCCGGUGAUCGUGAGCGAUGCCAAAGAUUAACUGAGGAGAUCAACGCUGGAAUUAUCUGGGUAAACUGCUCUCAACCCUGCUUCUGCCAAGCUCCUUGGGGUGGGAUCAAGCGCAGUGGAUUUGGACGUGAGCUCGGAGAAGGGGGUAUUGACAACUACAUAAGCGUCAAGCAAGUCACGGAGUACACCUCUGAUGAGCCAUGGGGAUGGUACAAGUCCCCUUCCAAGCUGUAAGCCUGUAAGCUGCCACCAGAAUUGCACCUGUUCCAUUAGAAUAAAUGGAUCCCGCACGGAACGAACCUGUGUACCAAACGGAAAUGACAUUGUGAACUGUGGAGUGCUGGAUCUGCGGAUAAAGGCCAGAGUUAAGUUGUUAAUUUACGCUUGUACUUGGUACGUGUGAGAUGGUGUUACAUUGUUCGUGCUACGGUUUUUUAAUGACUAGUGAAGAAAUGCUACAUAAUGGUGAAUUUAGCGUAACAUGAUAUUCGGUCAAGCCAA